AUGUGGAUAGAGAUUGUGGGCUCAAACAAACCGACCAUCGAGUGCAGCUUGUUCUGUACAGGAGAGAGGAUCUACUGCCCAGGGAUGCUGGACACCGGAGCAGACGUGACCAUCAUCGCCCGCUCCGAGUGGCCAGGGAAUUGGGAACUGGAGCCAGUGGCAGAAAAAACUUAUUUGGACAGAACUCUUAAAAAGACAAUUGAAGCCAUAGAAGAAGCAGGGUUCGAGAUUCAUGAGGACAAACUGCAUCACUCCAGCCCAUGGACUUACCUCGGCCUCCAGAUCCAUGAGAAAACCAUCGUACCCCAGCAACUCGCCAUCAAAGAGGAUCCCAAAACCCUAAAGGACUUACACAGCCUGCCCCACAAGUGCUUGGAAUGUGGGAAGGGCUUCAGAUGGAACUCCAGCCUGAGGGAACACCAGAGGAUCCACACUGAGGAAAAGCCCUAUGAGUGUGGGGAAUGUGGGAAGAGCUUUGGGCAGAGCUCCCACCUGAUCCGGCACCAGGUGAUCCACACCAGGGAAUGGCCCUAUGACUGCUUGGAAUGUGGGAAGAGCUUCGGCUGGAGCUCUGCCCUGAGAAAGCAGCAGCGAACCCACACUGGGGAGAGGCCCUAUGAGUGUGGGGAGUGUGGGAAGAGGUUCCAGACCACCUUCAAUCUCCUCGUACAUCAGUGGAUUCAUACAAAAGAGAGGCCCUUCCGCUGCCCCGACUGCGGGAAGGGCUCCAAGCAAAAUUGCACCCUCGUCACCCACCGGUGCAUCCACACCGGGGAGAGGCCCUACGAGUGUCCCCAGUGUGGGAAGAGCUUCUCCAGCAGCUCUAACUUGACCAAACACCAACAGAGGCACCACUAAGGGAAGCCCUGCAAGUGCCCCGAGUGCGGGAAGAGCUUCGUGCGCUGCUCCAGCUCCAUCCC